CUUGAUCCAUGUUCGAAAGCACAUGUUGACCUUCGAAUUCCGAACCAUAACGCGACAUGAUGGUAUAUGAUUCAAAUUUGAUUUCGACAGUUGCCCGAGUACUCGCGUCGUCGGUCCUUCCUCGCAAUAGGUACCCCCCCCCUCUCUCAUGAAGCUGCCAUGCUUCUCCACGUAUAUCCAGUCGUAUGUCCGCCAUGGCUCAAUGGACUCGCUGCACUCGCACCGCGCCAUCGGUCGACUCCUGUUGAUCAUUUUGGCCGGCAACAUGCUUCUGCAGUCGAUGAUGGUGGGCCUUCAAGUCAUCCAGUCCGUGACCACAGAGGACGCACAAUCUGAGCUGUCUGUCGGCACGUGGAGCUGGACUGCGUGUGCGCUCCUCGUGUGCCAUGAGCUGUGGGUGGUCGUGUCGGCGGUGGGAGGCCUCGCUGGCUUUCACGCGGCGUGGCACUACAGCAUCGCGUCGGCCACCGUGUGCUUGCGCGCUUGGGUGGCGCUGGCGUGCGUCCAGACGUUCCAAUACCUGACUGUGUACGCCAUGUUGGCGUCAAUUCAGGACGACAAAGGUCGUCGCUUUGACACUACCCUGGCGUGGGAAUCGACGGUGCUAAUCGCCAUCGAAGUCGUGUUUAUCGGGUUCGUGUAUGGCUACAUUGUGGUGUUGCAAGAAUGGCAACGCCAAUGCAAACGCCAAGAUGGCGAAGGCAUUUGCUUGGUACCACUGCAUCCUGCCACUGAACAGAGAAACGUCCUCCAUACCAACUCGUCAGCGUACUACGGCACCACCGCUGCUGUAUGUACGACUUUGUAGUUAACGAUAAUUAAACCGAAUGAAUAUGAUGGAACGGUUGAUGGGGGAGUUCUGGACGUGGUCAAGACAAUGAUGAUAUUGUCGAUUUGAUACAAAU